UGACACUUUUCCAAUAUAAACUUUAUCACUAAAGCAACAUUCACUACAAUAUAAUCUAGUAUGAGCAAGAGAGUCAAUUUGCCAUACACCACCCAAGACUUAUUUCCACAAUCAGUGGCGACACCUUCGACCCUGAGGUUUGGGUUUGGCGGCGGCGGUGGCAGCACCACCGCUGGUUCCAUAGUCUCUGGAACCGGAACAUCUUCAAUAUUUACACCACGUAUGAACUAUACGCCCACACUAGGCAUCUCAUCACAUACUUCAGGUUUAAGCAGCCACUUCAAGAAUAUAAAAGUCAUGACUAAGCGAUUGUUCAAGCCGGCAACCUUAGACUUCGAGACGGCCAUAUGGGAGAUUUUCCACCUUAUCAUAAACCCACGAAAGAUGUACCGGUCCCACUACUUUUACAAACAACAACAGGGUAACAAGUCAUCCUAUACCAGGGAUGACCCAUCUUUUUUGAUUUUACUAACGGGGUUCUUGUCGAUCAGUGCCGUGGCCUGGGGGUUAGCGUAUUCGCCUUCGGUAGUGGAUAUCUUCAAGUUGAUAGUCUAUAUGGUGUUUAUCGACUUUUACUUGACGGGUAUCAUCAUUGCUACAGUCACAUGGGUUGUCACCAAUAGGUUGUUUAAUACCGGGUCACUCGGUAUGAGUCAAUACAAUGUCAACUAUAUCGAAUGGGGGUUCUGUUUUGAUAUUCAUUGUAAUUCAUUCUUAAUAAUUUGGUGUUUGCUAUAUGUGGUUCAAUUUAUAUUAUUGCCAAUUAUCAGAAUCAAGCAGUCUAUCAUUGCCUUGAUUUUGGGUAACUCUUUAUACUUCGGGAGUAUCGGGUACUACUUCAUUGUCACAUUCUACGGAUUCAAUUCAUUACCAUUCAUUUCCAACCUCAGCAUGACCAAGAACUCCGUGGCUGGCCUUGGUGUUACUUCCUCACCGGCCAAAUUGCUCCAAUUGAUUGUGAUUGCCGGGAUAUUACCCUUAUUGGCAAUUGGAUGGUUAAUAACCAUCGUCUUCCGCUUCAAUGUUGCCGACAUCAUGGUAGAUACAUACUUUAAUUAGAUUACGUUUUCUCGU